UAACCAAAACCCUAAUCUCUCUCUCACACACACUCACACAAAUUUUUCUCCGAUCCAAAAAAAAAAUCUCCGAUCCAAAAAGAUGGCGGCAAACCCUAAAGUUUUCUUCGACAUGACCGUCGGCGGAUCACCGGCCGGCCGAAUCGUGAUGGAGCUUUACGCCGACACAACCCCAGAGACGGCGGAGAAUUUCAGAGCUCUCUGCACCGGCGAGAAAGGAAUGGGAAAAUCUGGGAAGCCACUCCACUACAAGGGAUCAGCUUUCCACCGUGUGAUCCCCAAAUUCAUGUGUCAGGGAGGAGAUUUCACCAAAGGAAACGGAACCGGAGGCGAGUCGAUCUACGGCAUGAAAUUCAAGGACGAGAACUUCACCAAGAAGCACACCGGUCCAGGUAUUCUCUCCAUGGCUAACGCUGGUGCCAACACCAAUGGAUCUCAGUUUUUCAUCUGUACCGAGAAGACGUCGUGGCUCGACGGUAAGCAUGUCGUGUUUGGUCAAGUCAUUGAAGGUAUGGAUGUUGUUAGGGCCAUUGAGAAGGUUGGAUCUGACUCUGGAAAGACCUCCAAGCCUGUUGUGGUUGCUGAUUGUGGUCAGAUUUCUUAGAUCUGAUGAUGAGAAAGAGAGAGAUUGAUCCAAUGGUAGCUUUGUGUUGUUUUUAAUUUUUGUUCUUCUUUUUCGUUCUUGUGUUUCUGCUUUUUUUUUUGGGAUCGUUUGAUUCCUUUUUCGAGUUUAGAGUCGCUACCAUUGAAUAAUAAUGAUAAUUAUCAAAUCUUCGUUAUCA